AUGGUAGGGUAUAGUAGCAGCGGCGUUCAUCCGGUCGAGCUGUCAGUGUACUCAAUGAUGUCUACUGACUUAGACGGGUUGUACCAGUCUAUCAACGAACUACGGGAGUCGCAAGCACUACUCAUUCUUAUGUUACGGAAGGUCCGCGAUAAACUUCGAAGAGAGGGCCAGGUUCUUUACGACCCAGAACCCUUUAAGCCAACUAUGGAUAAACUAGCGGAUUUGUCUGCUCGUGUGAACAUGCUUACAAGAAGGUAUAAGCAGCUUCAGGACAAUGUUGAGUCCCUCGCCAACUAA